AUGCAGUGCAGUGUGCAGAAGUUGGGGGCGACGAAAUCACAUGGGGUUGAUGAUGUACAGGGUGACGCGCAGGGCGAGCGCGAGCGCGUCGCCUUGUUUACCAAACACCAACUUGAGUACCUUCUCCUUGCCAUGGUUACUCGAUCAGCCUCUCACGCCGGCUCCUGGUACACGGAUAACGGGCAGCUUCUCUCUCAGCAGCUUGAUGGCUGGCUUGAAGCUGUACCCAAUUCCACCACACCCAUCGGCACUGCCUCUUCACAGCAAGGCGAAGUCACGAUACCAACACCAAAUGCACGAGCCAUCAUUGCCCCGCAUGCCGGCUUCUCAUACUCUGGGCCUGCAGCUGCCUGGGCCUACAAGAGCGCCGACUGGGCAAAUGCUAAGCGCGUCUUCUUGCUAGGACCCUCCCACCACUACUAUCUCACCGGCGCCGCAAUAACCGGCUGCGACAAGUACCGCACCCCUCUCGGCGAUCUCACCAUAGACACAGAACUAGUACAGGAGAUACAGACAGAAUGGGACCUAGAAACCAUGUCAAAAAGAACAGACGAGGAUGAACACAGUUUGGAGAUGCAUCUACCCUACAUCUACAAGAUGCUAUCGCUAAAGAACGCGAGCUUCCAAAACGACACAACAUCCGUCCCCCUCAUCCCCAUCAUGGUAGGAAACACCGACGCAGCCGCUGAAGUCCACUACGGCUCCCUCCUCGCGCCCUACCUCUCCGACCCCGCAAACAUCUUCGUCAUCUCGUCUGACUUUUGCCACUGGGGCUCCCGCUUCCGCUACACCUACUACCAACCCGCUAAUGGAUCAGCCGCCACGCAGUUGAGGACCAGCUCGCGCGUACCGAGUGACUAUCCCAUACACGAGAGUAUCGCAGCUGUCGACCAGGAAAGCAUGGAUGCAGUGGAGAGCGGGUCACACCGGCAGUUCCUGGAUCAGCUCAGGAAAACGGGUAAUACAGUGUGUGGUCGACAUCCUAUCGGCCUCUUCAUGGCUGCCGUGGAGCGCGCAGAGGGUUUAGGCGAAGGAAGUGGAAAGUUCAAGUUUCUGCGCUAUGAAAGGAGUAGUUUGGUGGAGGAGGUCAAGGAUAGUAGUGUGUCUUAUUGCAGUGCCUUUGCGGUGCUGUAGGUUCGACUAUAUAUGUAUAUGUGGGGAAUGUAUUUCUGCCCAACGAUGGCGUAAGCGUGGAAAUAAUGAGUUGACAUGACAAAUAAUAUCAUGAGCUUUAGUACCAACAAAA